AGGGUUUGUGGGAGGAGCCAGACUACCCCUCCUUCUCCUGAUGCCCCUCCUCUUCCUCCUGGUGACCCCCAACCCCUUCCCCAGAGCAGACUCGUCUUCAUUCAGGGGAAAAACCUCGAACCCUGAGCAGAUCUGAGUUUCCUCUGAAAGCUCCUCAGACGUCAGAGAGGGCUCUCGCUCCGUCUUCUCGGAUCAACGGGAACAUGGCCGACUAUUCCCUGGCAGCUGACUGGUCCACAACUUUUCUGGACACCGGGUGUGAAACAUCAUCGGGUUUCAUUGCAAAGGUUGGCUCCGCCCCUUCAGAAUCACUCCUCCAGUCUCGCUGCCAGCUGCCAGCUGAUACCAGCUUGCCGCUCCUGGAUCGCUCUCCCUGGUUGGAAGAUCUCAGCUGUCAGUCAUUCAGCUCUGCCUACAUCCUGCCGCCUCCCUCGCCAUCCUUACACGAGCUGGCUCCACCCCCCAAAUCACUUACCUGUUCAGCACCUGGAUUAGGCAGUUUCUAUGGCAACCCGUUCACUCCUCCGUCCUCUGCAGGUGAUUGGACGUCACCUGCCAGGUGUCCCCCAGAGCAGCGAGAGUGUGUUAGCUGCAGGAUGAACAGCGCCUCCCUGUGGAGAAGUGAACACCUGUGUUACACCUGCAGCCUCCACCAGCAGGAGGACCACGAUGCACCGCUGUUGAAACCAAAGAGGAGAUCUACGGUGACGAGGAGGAGCGGAACUCGUUGUUCAAACUGUGAGACGGAAAACACGAGUCUGUGGAGAAGGAGCGCUGCUGGAGAACCCGUCUGCAACGCCUGUGGGCUGUACUACAAACUACACCAGGUCCGAAGGCCUCUGAUCUUAAAGAGAGAAGAAAUCCAGACCAGAAAUCGUAAGGUGACCAGCAAGAGGAAGAUGAAGUAGUGAGUCGACCAAUCAGAUACUAGCUCCUCCCUGUGGAGAGGGGGGUGUAUCUAUAUCUAUCACCGUGGCAACAGACUCCAUCAAAUCUGCUCCAGGUCCAUUUUCCUCCUGAUGAGUUCAGUCCAACUCGUUCUCAUCAACAUGCGGACGAGUCGAUGUCAGAACAGAUUUAUGUUUCAGACUCGGGCCGCUGACGCGUGUCGUCUUCUACUUCCUUGAUGAACACUUGCUGCAUCAUCUUAUCUGCGGUUGCCAUGGUGACUCCAAGCAUCAGGGUUCCAUUGAUGAUGGCGUAUUUAAUACCAUGAACCACCGCCGACCCUCUUCCAGCUGCCUCCACCUCGUCACUCUCAGUUUAUUCUUCAAUCCCAGCUGAGUCCAGAUGUUUUUGUCUCAGGUUUUUCCAGAUGUUCAGGUCCUGCAGGUUCUUCAGUCUGAAAAGAACUUUUGUUUAUAAAUCAGAAAUAAAUGUUUUUGAUGAGACAAGAGCCUUCAGAAGGUAUCAGCUGUUGUUUGUUUAUUUCUUCAUAAACACAAACAUGUUUGUGAACUCAAUGUUCUCUCAUUGAAGAAGAAGAAGAAAAUAUCAUUUCUAUAGCACCUCUCAAGAUAAAAAUCACGAGGCGCUUCACAAAAACAAAAAUGUAAAAAUAUAAAAAAGAAUUUAGAAAAUGUUUAAAAAGAUAUUUAAAAUGAGCAAAAAUAGACAAUUGUGAGUAAAAAA